GAUAGUCUAUCGGCUAUUUGUGCUGCGUAAAUUCCACAUGCCUUUAGGUAUACUUAACUUUCUAAAUUUCAACGACAUAUGUUCCAGCCAAGUGUGACGGAAUCAGAGCAUCUGUUCGCGCGUCCUUGAUAAAAUGUGGCAGAAACUGGAAUUUGUUUUACUACGUUGUUCUACGACUGUAAGUGACCCGACUUCCGUAAUCUUAAUAGAAAUAAAAACUUUUGAACAGUUUCCAAAAGAAUUCAUCAAGUUACAUACAAACUGACGGAUGGGUAAGUAGAGCAAAACUGAAGAUGAUGAGCGAUCGACGGCAUGAGCCAAGAUGAGUUACUAAAUCACGUGACUAAGAGGAGAUUAGGAGAAAGCGGUACCCUCUUCACCUGGAUAUAAGACGGACGUCAGCGUGUUCAUAUGUCAGUGAGGUUCUUGAGCUUGUCUUCAACAUAUUGUCUCAUUGUUGCAAGAAAAUUGAUACAAUCCAAGAAGAAUCAUGUCCAAGGUGUUCAUUCCAGUGACGCUGGUUUUGUUCAGUCUUCUAGCUUUAUCAAUUGCCGAACGCAGGUUUGAUAAUGCGAAAGAUCUAAUAGAAGCUCGGGACGGGCAUGUUGAGGAACAUCGUCCAAAGAAAUUAUUUGGCAAACUUAAACGAACAAAAGGUCAGUACGGUCCACCAAAAGUACAUCAACCGAAGAAACCCCAGUAUGGACCUCCUCCACACGUUUAUGGUGCACCACAGCCAGUCGUUUAUGGUCCACCAAGUCAAGCUUAUGGACACCCGAAACCUGUACAUCCUCCACCACAGGCUAAUUACCAGCCUCCUGCUUACCACCCACCUCAACCAGCCGCGUACAGCCGGCCAGCUCCUACCCACAGCCAUCCCCCAAAAGCAAGUUAUAGCCCACCUGCGUACGCAAGCCCUCCACAGACUGUUUACACUCGACCGAGUCCUGUAUACCCUAAGCCGGCCCCUGCCUACAGUCCACCACAGCCUGCUUACCCUCAGCCAGUCGCAACUUACAGCAAGCCUGCUAAACCAGAAGUGUCGUACAGUCCACCAGCACCUUCAUAUGGCCAUCAGCCAGCUCAGGUAAAUCAUCAACCAGCUUCUUAUGGUACGCCGGAUCACGAUGACAGUCACGAAGACGAUCGCAAACCAUCAGAUGAUCUUCCAUUCACAUCUGGGUACAACGUACCGCAUUCAGCUCAUAUUGAACUACCCACUCCGGGUUAUGGAUCAUCGAAACCAUACGAGCCAGCUGAACCAAAACCGAUUGUAACGCCAGUUUUCAUCAAAGCGGAGUUGACGGGGAAUCGUUAUCAACCAUCAGCAGAAAAACUACCAGAAGUCCCUGUUUACAAGCCUACAUCGUCUCACAGCUCAUCACAAUCGGAGAAUUACCAACCGCAAUUAGAAGAUGAUCCUCCUAAGCAAACUGGAUAUAAUCCUAAAAAACCUUACUCAGAUGACGCGAGUGACGAUCAUUCAGCAGUUGCACCUGCUGUCACCGGGUCAACAGAUAGUUCUGACCACGACGAUGACAAACUUUCGCCACCAAGCGAGUCUGAUUUCCCAACGCUCUUUGAUCCUUCAAGUAAUUUUUACAAGCAAUCAGAAAGCGGGUCAGAUACAAAAGAUCAGGAUUUCGGAUUCUUUCAACUUGGCGUCUUCCCGAAAACGAGCAAUUUCUUCGAACAGAAUUACAAGGGUUAAUAAUUUUAAAUGGUAAUAUUCACCGGGGUGUUAAACGUUGCCAUAAUCAAGAGGAUGAAACACAUCUCCGUAAAAUGGAAUUCUUUUUCAACUGCUGAGCUGAAUCAACUAAAAAUACUUUUUAUUAAAUUACAAUUUUUAUUUUGUAGCUUUAUUUUGUUAUCUAAAUAAGGUGAUGAGAUCCCAUCAAUCUUCCAGUACUGUAUAAAUGAUUUGAAAAUGUUUUUUAUUUUUGAAAUAUUUUGUUCUGUUAUUUUCGUGGGAUUGGUAACCAUUUCCAGAAUAAUGCAUCACCGUGAAACGCCAGAGGAAUGUUAAGCAAAUUAUAGGCUUCGUCUAAUAGUUGCCGACCCAUGAUAAAUCUUUUUAGGCAUCAACACACCACAAUGUCCGUCAACGGUAACUAUGAUUGCUUGCAAAAGUAUGUGAUUAGCGUUGUUUGCCCUUGUAUCAAAUUGCGUAAAAUUCGUUACAAUAAAUUGUUGAAAUAUAAACAA